AUUUGUAAUCAUAAAUGAGGGACAAUUUUAGCUAAAUAUUUGGUGAAAGUAUGAAAAUUAGUAUUUAAUCCCUACGGUUAACAAUACUUUCACAUCAAGUCCACUCAAUUUCUCUUUAGUCAAAACCCUCACCGGUGAUUUCUCUAAGCUUCUCCGGUGAAAUCGCCGCCAUGAAUCUCCGUAUCGUCGACAAAGAGGAGCAAGACAAUCGCUAUGACCUCUUCGACGUUCACUUCCACAGCGAUGUAAUCAAAACAAUGGUAACUCCCGAUCCCGAUAUCAUCACUCAAUGGAUCUCCGAAACUGAAUCUUCUCACUCCGGCAAUCGCCGUCUCAUCGCGGGACUUGACGUGGAAUGGCGUCCUAACUUCCACCGCAACCAGCAAAACCCGGUCGCCGUUCUCCAGAUCUGCGUUGAUCGGCGUUGCCUCAUCAUCCAACUCCUCUACUGUCGAUCAAUCCCGGAGUCUCUGUUCAAUUUCCUCGGGAAUCGGGAGUAUGAUUUCGUUGGAAUUGGAAUUGAGAGCGAUGUGGAGAAAUUGUUGGAGGAUUAUGAGCUGAAUGUGAAGAAUGUGGUGGAUUUGAGAGGAAUUGCUGCUGAUGUUUAUGGUAUGAAGAAUUUGAAGAAUGCUGGGUUGAAGGAACUGUGCAAUGUUGUUCUGGGGAAGGAAAUUGUUAAGCCUAAAUCUGUUACUAUGGGUAGAUGGGAUAGUGAAUGGUUGAGUUUGAAUCAAGUUCAGUAUGCUUGUCUUGAUGCUUUUGUUUCUUCUGAAAUUGCUAGGCACUUGAAUGUUGGUGCUGCUGCUGCUUCUGCUUCUGCUUCUGGCUCCUAAAACUUUCUUCUGGGUUCUUCUUACGAAGAUAUUAGAAUCCGACUAUUUCGAAUUUCUGGUUAUGGAUAGUAGAGAGGGAAAACACAUGGGUGAAGUUUUAGUCUAAUGUUGUUAAAUGGAUUUGAAGCGUAUUUAUUUACAUACUGUAAAAGUAGUUUUCUUGUUUUUUUUUGCCAGCUCACGAUCUAAACGAGUCGCACAUACACUCUAGUACAUGUUCCUCGACGCUGAGAGCACCCCUGAAGAGCAGCGGAUUUCGUGACAUUUCUGAUUGGCUGUCUUGGGGGAUUUCGUGACAUUUCUGAUUGACUGUCUUGUAUUUCUAAUAAGUUGUUUAAUAGUUGGCAUGUUGAAUGUAUACAUAAUAUGAUGGGUUGGUUUAGAUUGAUCCUUA